UAUUUUUGAAAUGAAGCAUUGCUAAGUUUGGGUUUUGUGUUGAAGUGAAGUGCGUUGACAAAUUUUUUAUGCAAAUUGAAUUUAAAAUGUUAUUGUUUAAUGAAAAAGAACAGAAAGUUAUUAAGAAGUUUAACUAAAAUAUACUAAAAGUCAGCUAUUAAUUCGUUAAGGAUUACUUGUAUUCUGAGUGCCAUAAAAGACAUCAAUCAACAUGAUAAACUAUUUAUUGGAUAAAAUGAAUAUUCUUUUGCUUCUGUGGUUAGUACUUAAUAUUUGCAAUGCAACGGGCUCCUCUGCAAAUUUUAGGUAUUUGCAACCAACGUUAACUGAAAAUGAUGAUGACUAUUUGUUACCAAAAGAAAAUGUAUUAGAAAAAUCAUAUCAUGGGUUAAUUCGUGAAAAUGAAACUUUAGUAGAAAUAACUCCACUUAUUAAAGUAGAUGAGGAGAAAAUUUGUAAUUUUCGGAUAGUAAAGAAGCCAUAUCAUGAAAUUCCCUUUCAGAUUGCCAUGGUAAACAAUUUGGGCAUAAUUAAAGCACGGCGCACACUAAAUUGCGAAAGACGGAAAAGUUAUCAUUUUGAAAUAAUUGCUUUAUUUUGCGAUGGCACACAUUCAGCCUCUUCGAAUGUUCAUAUUACUGUUGUUGACAUAAAUGAAUACUCUCCCACAUUUAUUCAGCCAUCUUAUGUAAUUGAGGUAGAGGAGGGUAAACUUUAUAAAGAAAUUAUUCGGGUUGAAGCUAUAGAUAAAGAUUGUACCCCAAUUUUUGGUGAUGUAUGCAAAUAUGAGAUUUUAAACAAUGAUCAACCAUUUAUAAUUGAUAACGAAGGUUCAAUAAGAAAUAUUGAGCCGUUGUCCCAUAAAGUAUCACAUAACCACAUAUUAUCUGUAGUUGCAUAUGAUUGCGCAAUGAAAGAGUCAUCUCCAAUUAUGGUGAGCAUAAAAGUUAAACGUGUUUGUGAAGCAAAGUUUUUAGGCAUUCCAGAGAGAAUAGACUACACUACAUCGACAACAGAAAUUCUGCCAUUAUUUCCAAACGCGCAUUUGGAUCUUUGCGAUCUUAACUGCAAUGAUAUCGAUAUUGAUAUACAUAUGUCAAUUGCUUUGAAAACUAAGCACAUUUCUUUCGGGUGUGAUCGUGACUUAACGAAUUGCUCCAAUGAUGUCUCACUUGUUGACCUUCUUCCGAAAGGUGUAGAAUGGACUAAAGAACUUAGUUACGAUGAAGGCCUUGAACCUUUGUUUCAGUUUGACGGUGCAUCAGGUGUUAUUAUUCCAAUUACUUCUGUUGCUCAACAUGAUUUUUCGGCGCAACCUUUUAGUAUUGUUACAAUAUUUCGGCAUUAUAGUUUGUCAACACAAAAUAAACACUCUAAAGAGCAUAUCAUAUGCAGUGCUGAUGACCAUAAAAUGAACAGACAUCAUAUGGCAUUAUUUAUUCGUAAUUGUCGGUUAAUUUUACUAUUACGCAGGAACUUUAACGAUGGUAAUUUAAAUAUAUUUAGUCCUGCUGAAUGGCGUUGGAAAAUACCACAAGUUUGUGAUAAUGAAUGGCAUCAUUAUAUCCUAAAUGUUGAUCCAUCAAAAGCAAAAAUCGAAUUAUUUAUUGAUGGUACACAUUUUGAAACCGCAAUCGAAGAUCGCCAUACUAACCCUGAGGUUAUUGAUGAUUGGCCAUUACACGCAGCUCAUGGGGUUAACACAACAUUGGCAGUGGGUGCUUGUUAUCAAAGUUCAGAGAACAGACUAAAACAUGGAUUCAUUGGUGAUAUUUCAGAAAUAAAACUGUCAUUAAAUUCUGUUCUUUCAACCGAUGAUAUAAAAUGUGGAACUAAUUGUGCUGAGCAUUUAGUUCCACCUCCAGAAAGUUUACUUGAAGCUGAUUCACAAGUGCAAACCAAUGCACAACUUAAUGAAAUAUAUAUUGAAGGUCACAAUAAGAUGAAUGUGGAAAAACUAAUUCAACGUAUACAUUAUAUUAAUACGAAGGAAUAUCCAACAAUUGGAAGGAGAAAUAUUGAAUUGCACACAACGGUGACCUGUUUCAAUCAAACUUCAAUACGCCUUCCAACUGUUGAAACUUAUAUUAUGGUGAAUGAACCAAGUCCAAUAUCACCAAUAAACAGCAUAAAUGAAAUUAAUAAUAUAACAACAAUUGGGGUUAAUACAUCACCUAAAAAAGAAACUACGAAAAAACAUGAUGUAAUACUUGAUGCGAAGAAUUCUAUGCUUGGAGUAGUAAAUACGGAAAAAUCAAGAUUAAUUAUAAGCGGUAACAACAAUAAUCUGGUUUCGUAUCCUGAAAUAAAGAGUGGGGUACAUAUUUUAGGACACAUAAAUAUCACUGUUGCGAAGUUAUCUCAAAUUGAAUUAGAGUUACAAAAACUUGAUUCUUGUAGUGUUGUUGUGUUUCCGUCGCUUAAUCCGGAUCACGAAGAAAUUCAAGUUGAUGGGGAUGAAUCAUUGUCAUCAACUCUUGACAUUAAAACAAAUAUUAAUAAAGACGGUGUGGAAAUGAUUGGCAAAGAUACAAUUACCAAUUAUAUGGAUGUGUUAAAAGCACUUGUUUAUAGCAACAAAAAGCCCGCUUACUAUCUUAAUAGGGUUUUUAAGCUAACGUGUAUUCAAAUUACAUCUGAAUAUAAAAGCGCUGAAUACACCCUCACCCUCACUGUUCUGCAUCCGAAACAAUCUGUGGUAAAGAGCACUUACUCGCCGGUUAUUGUGGACAGGACUCUGUAUGAACCAAAUCUGAUUAAACCAAAUCCAGUUACUACAUCAUCCGAUAAUAUAGCUUUUGCUCAUGCAAUGGUGCAUACACAUGAUGUACAGGAACCAAGAUCAAAAAUUCAUUCUAUUGUUUAUAAAGAAGGUUCACAUCCUACCGUGUUAAUUAUAUUAAUUUGCGUAUUUCUUGUUGUUUUACUUUGUGGAAUAUCAAUUGCACGACUGAAGAAUAACAGCAACCAUAAAUAUGCCGGAAGAGAUCAACCGUGUCCGAAGAUAGCUGAUGAAAGUUUAGUUUGGGAUGAUUCAGCAUUGACCAUUACCAUAAAUCCCAUGCAGACUGAUGCAUUAUCUGAGGACAGCUCAGAUUCAGAAAAUUCAGAAACAGACGACGAAGAAGUUGUCAAAGGAGGCUUUUCAAAUGUAAAUCAGUUAGAGUGGGACAACACAAGUAUGUUUACUUCGAAUGUUAAUUAAUUAUAUCAAAUAAGUUUAAAAAGUAAAUAUUAUAUGAAAAGAUAUACAUAUUAAUAAAACUUAAAAUUUACUUUAAAAAUUAUAAGAUUAAAUUACAUUGAGUAUCAAAGUAUCAAUAUGACAUGGAAUGGUUUAAAUACUAAUAUAUUAAUGACAUUUAUAAUAAUAAUAAAUUUCUCUUUUAAAGUAGAAAA